AUGGCCACGCUCGACCCAGGCCCACUGGACCUUCGCUGUUUUUCUGUGGAUUCGAGGCCUGCAGAUGUCGCCAGUAUGCUUUAUAAUGGGAUUUCGGACCGGUCACGAGGGUGGAAGUCGAGCAGGUCAAGGGAAUCGCUUGGGGCUGAGGCGAGUAUGGAUCGAGGCCUGAACGUGAAGAGAUGGGACGGCAGUGCCAGGAUAAUGUCUGGCUGGGACAGUCUGAGAAAGGACCCAGAACUAUGGUACAAGAACGGCGACUGCUUCGUGCACUUGUAUGAGAAAGGUCGAUCGCAGAGGGGACCCGCCUUCAAAGUUCCCUUCGUGUGUCUACUCUCUGCUCAAUGCACCCCUCUGAUCGAAAGAUUCGUGGAUCGAUCCGUAUCAGAGGAAGAAGCGCAUCAAAAUGGCCGGGUCGAUCUUUACAUUCCUGCACCUCCGACGGCAAGUCGUUCCCAAGCUCUACAAUACCACAUUGCGACCAGGAACUUCUUCGCUUGGAUGUUCCGGCGAUCAAUGGUUGGUAACCACCUAGGAAACGCACUCGUGGCCCUGCAUGGUAGCAUGCACGAGUUUCGCGAUGCCGGUGCGAACAACAAACAGGAUCUGUUGAGCUACCUUGAUGAAGAGGGCUAUUUGGACACGCGCCACCAGCCCAAUCACGCCCUCGCCAUCCUGCAUGUGGCAGAAAACUUUGAGCUGAGAGACUUAUACGUUGACGCGUUUGCUCACUGCGUUGGCAUGAGCGAGCAACUGUACAGAAGUCCAGAGUAUUCGCGCAUCAGUGUAGUAUCACGGAAGCUUAUCCGACUCGCCAGGAUUGACCUGGACACUCGCCUCAGCCGCGGUGGUGCCAUGUUGAGUGAUCUCUUAGAAACCGAGCUUUCUGAGGCUCACCUUGGAUUAUCGACAGGAGCCCGAGCCCACCUCGACCGGUUCAGGGGCUACAUUCAAGGGUUUUACACGACCAAGUUCGGAUAUUUCCCGCCUCCGCCUGCCGAAGCAGGCCGCAGUACUGUGUUCAAGCCGGAGCUAUACUCCACUCUCAAGGCAGACUUUGAUGCACUCUACGAAUACCUUGUUGACGAACGUUUCACGACGGCCGGCAACAGCCCUUUCGAGGCGCAAGGGGGGCUAUGUACGCUUCAAAGUGUCCAGGCAUUCGACUCGAGAAACAAGUUCACACCUCAGGAUCAUCCGUUUCCUCUUCUGCCGGAAACACCGAAGAGCAAGGAGUCUCGCAGAAUGUCGAUACCUUGGCAAUUUGUCGCAGCAAGGGCCAGCGAGGUUAAGCUGCGCCCCGACCAGCGCCUCAUUGUACACGCUGCACUCAUGAAAGCAACCAAUCACACCAAGGUACACCUUAUGGAAAACAGACUGGUUCUGGCAUAUCGCCAGUUCGAAGAAGGCUCAGUUCUCACCCCGCAUAAGGCCGACCGGGCCGUGUCCCAGGUUGAUGCCCGUAAGGUGCGAUGGCUGUUUGUCUAUGCAAUGCACCAGGUGCUGCGGAGCUGUGCAAAUGUGCCGUCAGAGGUCAAGUUCACAGAGAGAGUGAAUUAUCACCUUAGUGUCUCAACAAAAGGAUUGCCGCCGUGGGAGGCGCGAGACCAACGUACCUCUCGUACUUCCUUACGGGCUGUCAGUGACAGCGCGGUCGUCAACAAAGCCAAGCCUUCGCUGGCACUCGGAGCACGUGUUCGAUCCGUCAGUGCGAUCCCGCUGGCAACGUCUUUUGUUUUGCCACCAGUUAAGACACCGUUGAUGAGCACCAGCAGCACGGAAAUACAGCCUGAUAUUGAUUACUUUGCUUUGACUCACCGAGAUGAGAGCCCGACACGAGGAAGUGGGAAAAUGGGAGAGCUUACGACGCCCUCCCGAUCUCGAUCUCGCAGUCUCACAAGGGCUAUGUCUCUUCGACGGUCAUUGAGCAUGUUCCGCACACCGCCCAGCCAGCGAAUGAAGCCCGUCGAAAUGGAGCCCUCAACGCCCACUCGCAGGCCAUCGAGUCGAAAUUCUGUGUAUCAGGAAAUAGUUGUUCAUGGUUACGGAAACGGCACGAACAACGUCACUAAUGCUCUAAGCUCCAAGGAAGCCCUUGACGCCGUGCCAGACAAAAUCGAGCCAUCGAAGCCUACACCCCUGAAGGUCGUCACAACACCCGUAGCAACCACAAGCAGGUCCGCCUCGACGAGUUCGACAAGCAGUUAUGUGUCAGCACUAUCGACAGUCUCAACAAGCCACAGCAACAGCAGUGCAUCCACAACUCCCACCACCGUCGAUGGAAGCCCGAGGUCUACCCGAUUCUCCAGACACAAGUGGGACAACACGCUUCCAGACAUAGCUGGAUCGCCCGAGGCCCCCGCCACUGUCCCCACGGACAGCAGCAUCCAGCAGCAGCAACAGCCACCACCCCAAUACGACAGCCUGACCUUCCCUCUUCGCCGCCGCCGAACCCGAAUGUCAAUACGCUCCAUGUACUCAAACGACGACAUGCUCGCCUCAACGCCCAAGGCCGAGCCUCCACCGCCCCUUCCCCGGCGCAGUAGCAAGCGCUUCCGGAUGCCGGCCGGGGGCGCGUCGAAGCGCUGGAGCCUGGCGGAGGUGGUGUCGUCGCUGCGCGAGAGGAGCUCCAUGGCCGGUGGUGACAGCGACGCAGAGGAUUCCGACGAUGGCUGGGGUCUUGCGCCCUCGCCGCUCCGCAUCAACAAGACAGGCAAGCGGCCGCAUACAUCACAGGCUACGCCCAAAGUUGAUCAAGCCGAUGAUGUCUUCUCCACGCUGCAUCGGGACUCCAGCGACGAGUGGGAGAAGUCGGUGCACAGCCCCGUGGAUGCGGAUGUCAGUCCGCCUUGGGGUUGGGAGCAGUUUGCCGACUUGGGUGGGCUGCAGGAUGUCUCGGUUUCGGGCUCGAAGUGA